CCCACACAAACGGAAGGCCCAGAUCCCGUGCCACACACGACGGCUCGACUAUACUCUGUACAUAGUACUCCACGAAAACUCACGGGAAGGAGAGCACCGGUGAAAAGUCUGAAACAGCUGGCUUUCUAUGGCGGACCGCUCGCUCUUCGCCAGUCUUAAACGCAUCAAACAUCAAUUGGGAGCAACAAUUCAGUGGAGAGCGAUAUGCUCCCGCUCAUCGCCGCUUGCACGAUAUGCCAGCGGCAAGGGCGACCUUAAGAGCGAUAUUUUGAAACUGAAACCCCCCAGAGGGAACGCCACCUCCUUGCUUCAAAAUCAUUUGGACCAGGGCCAUAAGCUCUCGCUCUCGGAACUUCGACGCAUCACCAGACAACUCCUGAAAUAUAAGCGCUAUCACCACGCCCUUCAGAUCUUGACAUGGAUAGAAACACAGAACAGUUUCCGAGUUUCACCGGCCGAUCAUGCUGUAAAAGUGGAUUUAAUCAUCAAAGUGCAUGGUCUAAGAGAGGCUGAAGACUAUUUUACACGUUUAACUGAUACUGCUUCACGGAAAGCUUCCUGUCUCCCUCUUCUUCAUGGUUAUGUCAAAGAGAGGGACACUGAAAAGGCAGAGCUUCUAAUGGUGAAGCUGAAUAAAUUGGGGCUCAUUGUGAGCCCUCGUGCUUUCAAUGAAAUGAUGAAAUUGUAUAUGGCCACAUCUCAAGGAAAGAAAGUGCCCCUUGUGAUCCAGCAAAUGAAGUGGAACAAUAUACCUCGAAAUGUUCUGUCCUACAACCUUUGGAUGGUUGCGUGUGGUGAGGUAUCGGGGGUCUCUUCGGCGGAAAUGGUUUACGAAGAAAUAGUGAAUGAUAAGACCGUACAAGUAGGAUGGAGCACCCUUUCUACUUUAGCUAAUGUUUACAUAAAAGCAGGGCUUUUUGACAAAGCUAUUUUGGUCCUCAAGAAUGCUGAAAAGAAGCUAUCUACAUGUAACCGCCUUGGUUAUUUCUUCCUCAUUACACUGUAUGCCUCUUUGAACAAUAAGGAGGGAGUUUUGAGGUUGUGGGAAGGUAGUAAGGCAGUAGGUGGGAGAAUCACAUGCGCCAAUUAUAUGUGUGUACUAUCAUGUAUGGUAAAGCUGGGCGAUCUUGUAGGGGCCGAAAGAAUUUUUGUGGAAUGGGAAUCUAGUUGCCAGAGUUAUGACAUUAGAGUCUCCAAUGUUCUUCUAGGUGCUUACGUACGGAGUGGAAAGAUAGACAAAGCUGAGUCAUUACAUCUCCGCACAUUGGAGAGAGGCGGACGUCCAAAUUAUAAGACAUGGGAGAUACUCACAGAGGGAUGGGUGAAAAGCCAAAACAUGGAAAAAGCCAUUAAGGCCGUGAAGAAAGGGUUUGCCAUGUUGAAGCAUUGUGAUUGGAGGCCAUCACACGAUAUUCUAAUGGCCAUGGUAGAACAUUUUGAGGAGCAUGGAAAUCUUGAAGAUGCCAAUUGGUUCAUUAGGCUUAUCCAUCGUUUUGGUCUUGCGAGUUUACCUUCUUAUAAAUCAUUGCUCAGAAUGCACCUUUGUGCUAGGAGACAUGCUUCUGACAUCCUUAAAAUGAUGGAAAAGGACAAAAUUGAGAUGGAUGAUGAGACUUAUGCCCUUGUUCAAGCAUUAAAUGUGAAGUAAAAUCCUUUUUAUGGAUCAAGUCCUAAAGGCUUCUUGGAAAGAUGCGGGAUGUAGUUUCUUCUUUUUGAGGGAACAGAUUUGGGCCAGAUUUCAGGCCUCCCCGGCAACAUUACAUGCUAGCUCAGUUGGUGGAGCUGUUGUAGCGAGUUUUUGACUUUGGCUUCCCCUUUUAGCGAUAGUUGCCAAAUGCUCUUGUAGUUCGGCCUGCCUUGCCUUCUUUUGAAGCAGCAAUAUCCCAGCCACUAAUAACGGCUUGGCUCUUUGUUCGACCAGAAUUAAUAUAAUAAGACUAGUUGGGACUGUUUCUGGACUGAAAAGCUUUUCUCUUUUGGGAUCGAAGAUACAAGGGAGGAAGACUUGAUGCGGAAAAGACAUACAGCUGAAGAUUCACUGGAAGAGGAAAGUAUAACAGCUUAUGAAUGACAUGCGAGGUCCCUUUAUUUGCUGAGAUUUGUUCUUUAUUGUCUAGGUGAAGUAAAUGUGUUUGAUGCUGAAGGUCAUUUAGAGUGCCCUGGUUAUAUGUGCAACAAAAUUCGUGUAGAUGUUGGAAGACAGAUGCUACCUUGGCACUUUUUCUAGGGGAGAAUCUGACAAUCAACAGAAAAUACAUUUGAACUACUAGUUUUAUAUAUUGCCUGUGGUCAUUUUGUUGUAUUUCAGCGUUGCAUUUGUUGUUACAAGACAUACAAGAUAUUAUUGCCAAGUAAUUUUAAAAAUCUUAUUCAUCAA